AGGCUAUGUUGCAGGUUUUUUUUUUUUUCUUUUCUGGCAAUUUUCUAGUUCGUAAUAAACAUUUAAACAGUUAUCCAUUGUAUUUGAUGUUGUAGGGUAUUACAAAAAAGAAAUAUAAUAAGGAAAAGUAGGUGAAAUCUUAGCGGUUAGCUACAGGUUAGCAAUGAAUCUUGUUUCUCCCACAAUGCAUUGCAUGACGUCACAUGAGGUACUCGCUUUUGGACGACAAACGAAAGCCCGCCUUAAUACCAUUGAGAGAGUGAGACGAGUAGUGAGAGUAGUAGCUAGUGAAAGAGAUCGAUAGAUUGAUAGAUAAAUAGAUAGAUACAUAGAUAGAUAUCAUAGCAUAAAUAUAUAGUCAGAGAUAGCAUAGCAUAAAAGAUAGCUUAGAGAAAGAGUAGAGAAUAAGUAGACAACAUGGUUUAUUACUGUGUUUGUGGCGGGUGCAAGAACUCCAGCAAAACUGGACAUAGGGUCCAUUGUUUCCCCAAGGACAAAGGGAUCUUCCGAGGCUGGGUGCAAUUUGUCAAGAUUAGGCGGGCAGAUUUUUCAGCUAGCUCUGUCACCGCCUACUCGAGAAUAUGCAGCGCGCAUUUCAAGGAGGAGGAUUACCACUCAGGGGAUGCCAAGAUGGUCGCACUUUCUUUAAAAAGUAUGAGGAUGGCUAAGUUAAUUCCUACCGCCGUGCCGUCUGUGAAUGCAAACCUCUCUGCUUGUCCUGUCCCGAGGUCGAGAGACACCGUCUGCCGCAAGCGAUAUAUUGCCACGAUGAUGACAGAUACCUCACAGCAGGAGACCGUGGACAGUGUAGACACUGUGGAGAGUGUCGAUACUGGCGAUCAGCCCUUGUCCUCCUCCACUUCUGACGCUGUGACACAGUGUUAUUUGAAGCCCCCCCCGAUGGUCUCGCGGUAAGUCUUGGGUAUUUUAAGUGGUAGAUAUUCUGUCUAAAUCAUUGCCAGUAUCUAUGCAAGCAGUACAUUUCCAUACACAUUGAUUAAAUUAAUACAUAGCCUACACCAAAAUAUAGCCGCUUGGAUUUGCUAUGUUUGUCACAUGUUUGGGUAUGUUUACUGCCUCUUCACAGCUGUGCAGAUUAACCUGAAGCCCAAGAUGGUCAGCAUGGGUACACAGACGUCUUUCAGCCCACAAACCUCCACUCCCCUCGCUAGUCCUGAACAGACAGAUGAUGAUGAUGAUGAUAAUGCCUCUGUCGUUAGUGACUUAUCGUGGGUGCCCGAAGAGCCGAUGCAUGAGGAGGACUUGUUUGAUGAGGAGCCACCUUACGCGUGUGACCCCCACCACAAUGGCAUUGACAAAUUCAUUGUUUGCCAAGAGGAGCUGAUGGGCCUUUUUGCCAUCUGUCCGGCCUGUUGUGAGAGGUCAGAUAGUAGCAUCGUGCAGCAGGAAGGAACUUUUGUUAAGAUCAAGCAGGUCUGUGCAUCAUGUGGCUACCACCGUUUCUGGCAAAACCAACCAAUGCUCCACAGGAACAUGCCGACCUGCAACCUCCUGUUAAGUGGGGCCAUUCAUUUCACUGGAUGUUUGGCCACCCAGACAUUAAGAAUGUUGACUCUGUUUGGCCUGCAGUGCAUCAGUGCGAGCAGUUUCUUUCGCCAUCAGCGCCGCUACACUAUCCCUGUAAUCGUUCAGGCCUGGCAAAAUGAUCAAGCAAAGAAUUUUAGUGACCUACGGGCAAUGGAUGGUGGGCUAGUUCUUGCUGGUGACUGCAGGUCAGAUUCUCCUGGGCACUGCGCGAAGUAUGGAUCCUACUCUCUGAUAGAGGACAGAGUGAACAAGGUGGUGGAUGUUCAGCUUGUUCAGAGCUCAGAGGUCCCCAACAGCUCAUGGUGUGAGCUUGAAGGGCUCAAGCGCAGUGUUGACCUGCUGAGGGGAAAGGACCUGCAUUUGGCAACGCUGAUCACGGACCGUCAUCGCCAGGUUGCCAAAUGGGUGAGAGAGGAGCUGAGCCCUGAAGGGACACGGCAUUAUUUUGAUGUGUGGCACAUUGCCAAAAGUCUGGGGAAGGCAUUGGAUGCAGCUUCAAAAGAGUGUGACCAACUACAGUUGUGGAGGCCUGCUAUAGUGAAUCACCUCUAUUGGACUGCAGCCUCAACCCCAGAUGGCAACCCAGCAGUCAUGGAGGCCAAAUGGAGAAGUUUAGUCAACCACAUCCAGGACAUUCAUGACCAUGACACCCCUGCCUUCUCCAGUUGUGCCCAUGGCCCUCUAGACGGGGAUCAGCGCAACAAAGAGUGGUUGGACCCAGGCUCAUUGGCAGCAGUAAAGUUGGAGAACAUAAUCAUGAGGACUGCCUUACUGAAGGAUGUUCGACAGCUGUCUCCACAGCACCAGACCUUCUCCCUUGAGGCUUACCACUCCCUCAUCUUGCACUUCGCGCCCAAGCACACAGGGUUUUCAUACCUUGGGAUGUAUAGCAGGCUUCUCUUAGCGGCGCUGCAUUAUAAUCACAAUGCCAACCGUGAGACAGCACGGAGAAGUGAUGGGACGGAGAAGUACUGCGUGCGGUAUCCGCGCUUCAGAAAAGGUGCCCAUGUGGUGCUUCCCAUCAAAGAGGCAGCCUCAUACGGUUAUGCAACAUCAUUAAUGAAGGCCCUUCGGGAAAGCUACACUAAUUCACCUGCAGCUCGUCGAGAGGUUAGCGACAAUUUAUCCUCCGAUGCAACUGCCCCCAUCGCCAAAUCCUUCGAACAGGUUCCGAAGGAGGAGGCCGUCAGCCUCUACCUAGCCCGGCAGUCACGUUACAAAAAAACCUAAUUUCACAUUAUUAUUUUUUUUCCACAGACAAGUCCAAUGAUUUAGUUGUAAGUAUUUAUUUUAGUUAGUUAUCUUCUUUCCCUCUGUCCAUGUCAUCUAAUUUGGUGGUGGUUUCCUGCAUGCUGCAUGGUUUGUUUUUUCUUUGUGUGCUGUUGCUUUGGUUUUACUUUGCACAAAAUUAUUACUUUUUUCCAUCUUUGUAAGUGGCAAUAAUUGUCGCUGUACCCCAUUCAAGGGGUCCUGCAUGCCGCAUGUCUGCUCCUCUGCCUGUUAUUUGCAUGAAAUUUGUUGUAUGUAAUUCAAAAUAAUUUACCAAUCAUUUUACCUGUGCCUUGUCAACCUCUGUGUGCGGUGUUGUCUGGGCUCACUGUGUGUCUGCUUGAUGUGCUUUUGCGUGUGUGUGUGAGAGAGAGAAACAAAAGAAACGGUGCAAACGUUUCAGGUCAGUAAUCUUCGUCCUUGUUCAGUAAAUGUUCAGUAACCGUUAAAAGCAAUGCCAAUAAACUGUGUUUUCUUAUCAAAA